AUGAUAUUCUCAGAUAUUUAUAAGAGCCCGCGAUCACCCAUCGCUAAGCUGCGUCACCACUCGGUCCAGUUACCGACACCACUGCCAACCAAUACCCCAGAUUGGUACGGCGAGGAACACGCAGACCUUCUCAGCAAGGACAAGGUGAAGCAGAAGGAAGCAGUGAAGAGGUAUCUCGACGCCAAAGUCAAGAACGAUUGGGAGUUCCCAUGGCCUUCUCCCUUUGUCGAGCCCCCACUACUUGAGGGUGACGUCGCUGUUGUCGACACUGCAUCUGAAACACCUGAUGCAAUUGAGGCUGUCACCAGUCUCGAUGUUACAGAACCGACAAAGUCAAUCCAAGAUGAGACGCGCGAGGAUGAUGGAUAUCAAAUCGAUGAACCUGAGUCAUCAGAUAACGAAGACGGCAGCGAUGCCGAGUCCACGUACAGUACGGUCUCCGAAGAUUUAGUCAACUUUCGUACACGUCUAGACUGGGCCUCAGACCUUUCUGAUGAUGAGGAUGAGCCUGGACCUUCGCGAUCGCCUUUCCGCUUUGACAACCCCAGUAAUGUGGGCUCCACUGUCCAAGCUGUGGUUCAGGGCAAGCGCGCCAAGCGAAGGAGAGCAGUUCGCAAGGAAAUGGAAUGGAACGAAGGACUCGCCUGUUUCGAAGCGCGGCGAAAUGCAUGGACGGGCGCACGAACUGUCCGCGUUCGGGCCAAGCCUGCAACGCCUCCUGCUGUGUCACCAUUAUCUCCCCGUCGAUUCUUCUUCCGUCGCUCCAUGUCGACAUCUCCUCCUGCCUCGACAAUUGCGUCUACUUUACCACCGCAAGUCAGUGACGCGUCAGACAACUCUUCACUUACGAGAAGCGACGAGCUUCGCAAUGCUCGAUCUAAAGACACCACGCCGUCGACACCUCCCGACAGCCGAAAUUAUCCGGUUGAGGUCCUGCUUCCUCUUCCCCCACCUCUCCUACCUCCCAAUAACCCUCUGCGCGCAUCCAUCACACCGUCUGUAUAUCUCAGUCUCUACGACAAGGUUAUCAUUCACAGCCUUCAGCCCUCAUGCCCAAUUAAUUUGUCCGAUAUGCUUCGAGCUUGCGUUACUGGCUGGAAGCGAGAUGGCGAGUGGCCCCCACGACCGACAAUGGCUCCCGCUCCAGUCGCCAAGAAGAAGAAACCCAAGAAGCCUUCAAACCCCUCAGAGAACGCGGGCAGUACCGUGCGCCGCAUGAGCUUUGGCCUGCUGGGUCGCGACAAGGACGAUUCAACAAGCGGCAAGGGUAUUCGCCGCAGUCUUGUUAGAGCCCUCGGCAUUGGAGAAGGGACAGAGACCCCUAAAUGA